UCCCUGGCUUGAAGGUUGGGUUUCACCAGGGACCUAACCUCUUUCUGCCAAGGAACCUGUCUCCCUCUUGCCAUCAACAUGCUGUCCAUGACGCCCAGGCUGUUCGUGCCGAGGGGUGCCUGCAGGCCCGCCCUGAGCCACCUUCAGCCCCUGCUCAGCCUCCCUCUGUGCUUGUCAGCACCCAACGUCUGGAAGAGGUCGAGGCAGCAGGGGGUUAGUGUGUCAGCACCACCCUGAGCACCCACAUGCCUGGCUGGGUUGUGACAGCACCUAGGCUUGGCCACAACUUUGCUUCACCCAGUAGCAGGCGCCAGGAGUGGGGAGAGGCCAGGGAGUGGGAGCAGGCACCUUCAACCUUGUGGGAGCAGGGGACUUCCUGGGCCCCUGAGAGUACAGAGAUGCCUAGGUCCAGAGCCACAGCUGGGCAGCUACAGGGGUGCCUGGGAGCAUACGGCUUCCACCCUGCCAACUCAGUACGGGGCAGGACUCCCACCUGUUCUUGGCCUCCCUGGCCACACCUCCCCUGCUGCAGCUGCUCUAAACAGGCAGCUGCUGCCAUCACUGUGAGCUAUGAUUGUGCCACUGACUCCAGCCUGGGCAACAGAGAGAGACCUAUAUGAUCAAAUACAGAGCAUGAUCUUCCUCCUGCUAAUGUUGAGCCUGGAAUUGCAGCUUCACCAGAUAGCAGCUCUAUUCACAGUGACAGUCCCUAAGGAACUGUACAUAAUAGAGCAUGGCAGCAAUGUGACCCUGGAAUGCAACUUUGACACUGGAAGUCAUGUGAACCUUGGAGCAAUAACAGCCAGUUUGCAAAAGGUGGAAAAUGACACAUCUCCACACCGUGAAAGAGCCACUUUGCUGGAGGAGCAGCUGCCCCUAGGGAAGGCCUUGUUCCACAUACCUCAAGUCCAAGUGAGGGACGAAGGACAGUACCAAUGCAUAAUCAUCUAUGGGGUCGCCUGGGACUACAAGUACCUGACUCUGAAAGUCAAAGCUUCCUACAGGAAAAUAAACACUCACAUUCUAAAGGUUCCAGAAACAGAUGAGGUAGAGCUCACCUGCCAGGCUACAGGUUAUCCUCUGGCAGAAGUAUCCUGGCCAAACGUCAGCGUUCCUGCCAACACCAGCCACUCCAGGACCCCUGAAGGCCUCUACCAGGUCACCAGUGUUCUGCGCCUAAAGCUAUGCCCUGGCAGAAACUUCAGCUGUGUGUUCUGGAAUACUCACGUGAGGGAACUUACUUCGGCCAGCAUUGACCUUCAAAGUCAGAUGGAACCCAGGACCCGUCCAACUUGGCUGCUUCACAUUUUCAUCCCCUCCUGCAUCAUUGCUUUCAUUUUCAUAGCCACAGUGAUAGCCCUAAGAAAACAACUCUGUCAAAAGCUGUAUUCUUCAAAAGACACAACAAAAAGACCUGUCACCACAACAAAGAGGGAAGUGAACAGUGCUGUGAAUCUGAACCUGUGGUCUUGGGAGCCAGGGUGACCUGAUAAUGACAUCUGAAGAAGCUUCUGGACUCUGAACAAGAAUUCAGUGGCCUGCAGAGCUUGCCAUUUGCACUUUUCAAAUGCCUUUGGAUGACCCAGCACUUUAAUCUGAAACCUGCAACAAGACUAGCCAACACCUGGCCAUGAAACCUGCCCCUUCACUGAUCUGGACUCACCUCCGGAGCCUAUGGCUCUGAGCAAGCACUACUGCACUUUACAAAAUUACUCCACUGGAUCCUGGACCCACACAAUUCCUUGAGGCUCCUUAUUGCUGCCAGACUGAAAGCAAAAGGAAUUAUUUCCCCUCAAGUUUUCUAAGUGAUUUCCAAAAGCAGAGAUGUGUGGAAAUUUCCAGUUACAGAAACAGAUGGGUUGCCAAUAGAGUUAUUUUUUUAUCUACAGCUUCUUCUGGGUACUAGAAGAGGCUAUUGAGACUAUGAGCUCACAGACAGGGCUUUGCACAAACUCAAAUCAUAAUUGACAUGUUUUAUGGCUUACUGGAAUCUUGAUAGCAUCUGAAGUUGUUCUAAUUACAGAGAGCAUUUAAAUAUACACUAAGUGCACAAAUUGUGGAGUAAAGUCAUCAAGCUCUGUUUUUGAGGUCUAAGUCACAAAGCAUUUGUUUUAACCUGUAACAGCACCAUGUUUAAUGGUGGUCUGUUUUUUUUAAUUACAUCUUUCCUUUAAAAAUUCUUGGUUUCUUUUUAUUUGUUUUUUACCUUAGAAAUCAAUGAUGUACAGUCAAAAAUAUUUGAUAUGCUCAUACGUUGUAUCUGCAGCAAUUUCAGAUAAGUAGCUAAAAUGGCAAAAGCCCCAAACUAAGGUUCCUUUUCUGGCCCUCAGUAUGACUUUAAACUUGACCUUUCAGUGCCUCAGUUUGCACAUCUGUGAUACAGCAAUGCUAAGGAGUCAAGGCCUUUGAUAAUUGUCACUAUGGAAAUCCUGCAAGAUCCCACUACAUGUGUGGAGCAGAAGGGUAACUCGGCUACAGUAACAGCUUAAUUUUGUUAAAUUUGUUCUUUAUACUGGAGCCAUGAAGCUCAGAAUAUUGGCUGACCCUUGAACUAUUCAAAUGGGCACAUUAGCUAGUAUAACAGACUUAGGUAGGUGGGCCUAAAGCAAGCUCCUUAAAUGAGCAAAAUUUGGGGCUUAUGGGAAUGAAAGGUUGUGAAAUUGACUAACAGACAAAUCAUACAUCUCAGUUUCUCAAUUCUCAUGUAAAUCAGAGAAUGCCUUUAAAGAAUAAAACUCAAUUGUUAUUCUUCAA